GCCCUCUGGCAUCUGCAUUUUACCCAACUGCUCUGUUACUGCUACUGUUCCAUUCAUUCAAAAAUUACUUUCAAGUAUUACUACCUCUUUUCCUCCUUCGUGCCAAUAGAAUCCCAUCGCAGCCCGUAUAUUGCCUCGCGCAACUCCUCUGUUGGGCAACAAGAAGUCUCAAGCACCUCGGCCUAAAAGCAAAAACCACAGGACUGUCCAUCCAUACUUCGUACAGCCUGCAUCAUCACACCACUUUUUUGGCCGCAGCUGUGUGGGGCCUCUGUGAAUCUGUGACUGUCGAAUUGCUCGGAUGAUGGAAAAGUCGGAGCCUGACACGUCUCAACUCGCCAUAAAGACUGGCUAUGAUGCGUAUGGCUACUCUUUUAAUAAAACCUCGCAUUGCAGAUUCUUUUUGCUCCUAACAAAACCGAGACGGCUAAAAGCGUCUGUUAAAGCAGCCAUUGGUUCCAAUUCAACUCAUUCAUCCAUCAAAAGGGCCUUUUUGCUGGCAGCCCAACACUGCCUACUACUUACCACAAAACACCACAUCACAUGCAUCAUGCUCGUUUCCCAACGUUUUGCACACGAGUAUUUUUAUCAAGGUAUCAAUUAUAAACGUAGGUACUGUAUUCAGACACAAUCCAUACGUCAGGCCAAUAUUAAACAAAGGGCGCAGCAAUUAAUACCUAUUCUCGCGCGUGUAAAGCUGAGAGCCUAUCCAAUAACUCCUCCCCCAAGUCCAAGCAUCCUGCAUGCGCGCAACAGCCCAAAAGCAAAGCCCGUAAGCCGCAACAAAAAAGAAAAUUCCGCAGCCAAUUCUUGAUAAUAACAAAAACAUCUCUUCUUUUGUACUCUCGGUAUCUCUG